GAGUUUUAAACGUUCGCUUCGGAUGCUCGUGAAGUUGAUUCACUUUCAAGCGGAGGUGAUUGAAGUGAAAUGAUCGCCGGGUCGCGCAGAAAACCUAAUUAAAGUUUAUAAUUAAUCGGCGGAGAGGUCACGGGGUAGACCGGAGUGGAAAGUGCCAGCAGCGGCAAAUCAAUCUGAAUCUGAAUCUGUGUAUCUGAAAAACUGCUCCAGCGCGGCGGACGCGUGUGCAUCUGUGUUGGUGUGUGUGUUGUACCUUCGGUAUCUAAGCAAUAUCUACACUGGGUACGGGUGCGGGUACGAGGUCUCUGUCUGCCUGUUGGACCUGGAGCUGGAGUUAAAGUUGGAAACUCGUUUUUCAAAAACGAACAAAACGACGAAAACGACGAAAAAGUCUGCACAAAACGAGAAAAUAAGCGCGCCCGCGAAGAAAAAAAAACCCCAAGAGGAGACGGGGAAAAAAACACAACAAUAAUAAGAAAAGCAAAAGCAGAUCCAGAACCAUCGAGUGUGCUGCAAAAGUAUCUUACGGAUACCGAUACAAGGAGGCGAAGAGGCCGGCCAGGCUCGCUGUGAUUUGGUUUCGGCUGCUGCUUCUCUGCUGCUGCUCGCCCUUUUGCAUUCUUUUUGCUUGUUUACUUAUUUUUCGUGUGUUUUGCGGUUGCUUCACUUGUUGCAGCUGCAGAGUCUCCCCUACACAGACACACAUAACUACAUACAUAUAUAUUUUUAUACAUAUCCUCUUUUUAUUAUAUAUUUGGAACUGGGAUUCGGAUUCGGAUUCGGACUCGGGUUCGGGCUCGGGCUCGGUUUUUAUGCCAUAGAUACAGAUACGGGUGCCUGGCAGAGCCUGUGCGGAAAACCAAAAACCUGUUCCUCCGGCCGUGUCGCGUGUGUUUGUGUGUGUAAUCAGUGUCUGUGAGAGCCUGUAUACGGAAUUAUUCAAAUAAGAAAAUCGUCGUCUUCGUCGUCGUGGGCCACACAAAUGUACAACAACGAUGGCCACAUUGGGCCUCUCAAAAGUCUUCAUAUUGGAUAAAUAUUUUACCGAAUUGCAAAAAUUUUGGGAAACGGAAAAGAAGCUGCAGGAUGCAUCUUCGUCCAAUGAGGCAGUGCACCUGCAACAGCGCCUCAAGAGCCUUAGCACCGAGCUGGUGACCCUGCGGAAUCGCCUUCACGUUGGCCAAGGGCAGGGGCAGGCGAACAACUUCGAGUUAAAUGCCUCCAGCCCGAACCUAAACCUCAGCUCCGGUGGAGCUGGACUCUCCGCCAGUGCCCUGCAACAGCAUACCAAUGGGCAGCAAGCAGCAUCCAAGAAUCACAGCUUCAGCCAGACGUUGCCAUCAAAUGCGGGAUCCGGAGGAGGAGGAGGACCAGUGGUGUCGGCCCGGAACACCUCAAUUCCACAUCCGCUUCCGCAUCAGCUGGCCGAUAAGUCGGGUCUGUCCCAUCACCAGAAUACGAACGGACAUGGCCCGUCCACCGGCACGCUACCCCACAUGAGCAGCUUGGGAAACAUCCUGGGGCACGGCUCUCAUCCCAAUCCCCACUCCCAGUCCAACUCCAACACACUGCCCAUGCGGUCUUCCAACUCUGGACACCUAGCGGCUUCAUCCAACCCCAUUAGCGGAGGAGGCCAACAUCCGGUCAGCCAUAAUCAAAGCCAGCAAAUGCCAUUUAUCCCGCAGCCGAAGCUUGCAAAUCCCUGCCAGAGCGUGAAAACCUUGCCCUUUGGCUUUGGAUUUGCCGGAGGUCAGCAGAAGCUGCAUCAGCAGCAGGCCAGCCCUUCGCCCAAGGACAUGCAGGACCUGAUCCACCUGUCCGGCCCUCUCACCGAACAUGCCGUAAUGCGUACCCUGCAGGCCCGCUUCAACGAGCAGCGGUACUUUACAAAUGUAGGUCCCAUAUUGCUCUCCAUCAAUCCCUACCUGGACGUGGGCAAUCCUCUGACGCUCACCUCUACGCGUGCCCUGCCGCUGGCCCCUCAACUGCAAAAAAUCGUCCAGGAGGCAGUGCGUCAGCAAAGCGAGACUGGCUACCCCCAGGCCAUUAUACUGUCGGGUACUUCGGGUGCUGGAAAGACGGCCAAUGCAAUGUUGAUGCUCCGUCAGCUCUUUGCCAUCGCAGGAGGAGGACCGGAGACGGAUGCCUUCAAGCAUCUGGCAGCUGCCUUUACUGUCCUUAGGUCCCUGGGAUCGGCCAAAACCACCACGAACUCGGAAUCGAGUCGAAUCGGACAGUUCAUAGAGGUGCAGGUUACCGAUGGAGCUCUGUAUAGGACCAAGAUCCACUGCUACUUCCUGGACCAGACGCGCGUCAUCCGACCACUGCCCAAGGAGAAGAACUACCACAUCUUCUACCAAAUGCUGGCGGGUCUGAACAGGGAGGAGCGGAUGAAACUUCACCUGGAAGGCUACUCACCGGUCAACCUGCGCUACCUGCGCGGGGAUGUUGGCCAGAACGAGCAGGAUGAUGCUGCGCGCUUUCAGGCUUGGAAGACUUGUCUCGGCAUCCUGGGCAUUCCGUUUCUGGACGUGGUCCGUGUGUUGGCUGCUGUGCUGUUAUUGGGAAAUGUUCAUUUUAUUGAUGGAGGGGGUCUGGAAGUGGACGUGAAGGGCGAAACCGAACUCAACUCGGUGGCCAGUCUUCUGGGGGUCCCACCCGCUGCACUCUUCCGCGGACUGACCACCCGCACCCACAAUGUGCGCGGCCAGCUGGUAAAGUCGGUGUGCGGAGAUGGAGAUGCCAACAUGACCCGGGACUGCCUGGCAAAGGCGCUAUACUGUCGCACGGUGGCCACCAUUGUACGGAGGGCCAACAGCCUCAAGCGACUGGGAUCCACGCUGGGCACCCUCAGCUCAGACUCCAAUGAAUCGGUGCACAACCAGGCGGAUGCCGCCUCUCAGCACGCCUCCACCAUUGGAGGUGGGAACGCAGGCUCCAAGUCGAUGGCGGCUCUCAAUAACGCUGUGCGUCAUGCCACCGACGGCUUUAUCGGCAUUCUGGACAUGUUUGGGUUCGAGGAGCCCUCGCCCCACGCUCAGCUGGAGCAUCUGUGCAUCAAUCUUUGUGCCGAGACCAUGCAGCACUUUUACAACACGCACAUCUUUAAGUCCUCGGUGGAAUCCUGUCGGGAUGAGGGCAUCGUGUGCGACACUGAGGUGGACUACGUGGACAAUGUUCCCUGCAUCGAUCUUAUAUCUUCCCUGCGAACGGGACUGCUCAGCAUGCUGGACGCGGAGUGCUCUGUCAGGGGCACGGCUGAGAGUUACGUGGCCAAGUUGAAGGUGCAGCACAGAUGCUCCACGCGCCUGGAGACUAAGCCCACCGCUGAGCCCCACGAUCCUCGUAUGUUCCUUAUCCGUCACUUUGCUGGGAGAGUGGAGUACGAUACCACGGACUUCCUGGACACCAACAGGGACCGGGUUCCGGAUGACCUGGUGGCAGUGUUCUACAAGCACAGCUGCAACUUCGGGUUCGCCACCCAUCUGUUCGGGUCUGAGCUGAAGGCUCUAUAUGCCCAGCAGCAGGCUCCCAGGGGUCUCAGUUUUCGCAUCUCCCCCACCUCCCACUCGGACCUUCUGAAUGGCGAUGAACCGGUGUCCACUCUGACCCAGGACUUCCACACACGGCUGGACAACCUCUUGAGGACGCUGGUUCAUGCCAGGCCGCACUUUGUGCGCUGCAUCCGUAGCAAUGGAUCCGAGACAGCUGGCAGCUUCGACCGGGCCACCGUGGUGCGCCAGAUUCGUUCGCUACAGGUCCUGGAGACGGUUAAUCUGAUGGCUAGUGGGUUCCCACACCGCAUGCGCUUUAAGCAGUUUAAUGCCCGCUACCGGAUGCUGGCUCCAUUCCGCCUCCUGCGACGCAGCGAGGACAAGGCUCUUGAGGAUUGCCAGCUGAUUCUGCAGUAUGCCAUGGAGCGUCCUCCAGUUUUAGACGGAUCGGUGACACUGGCCUGGGCUCCGGGCAAGAGGCAUGUCUUCCUAAGCGAGGGCAUCCGCCAGCAUCUGGAGCAUCUGCGCACGGAGAUUCGUCACAAGAGUGCUACACUGAUGCAGGCCACCUGGCGAGGCUGGUGGUGGCGCAAGAAGGUGGGCAACGGUGCCGCGAAGCACUCUCGAGUUGCCCACCAUCCUCCAACGAAUGCCAACGCUCCACUUCCAGUGGCCAAGACAGGAAAUUCCGGAAACAAGGGAACAUCAUCAGCAGCAAUGGCUGCCCUGGCAGCGGUAGCAGCUUCAGCUCCAAGUACAGUGCCACGACUAUCGGCCAAGUCCACAAGCCUUGGCAUAGGAGGAACUGUGACCAGACCCAGACCCCAACCAAUUGCAGGUACGCCACCCCCGGAUCCCCAGGAAAAGUGCGAUCAAAAAAUUAUUCAGCAAACUUGUAAUCUAUUUGGACUGGAUUUGGAACGACCACCUCCGGUGCCUCCAUCACGAUCCUAUACUAUAAAUGGAAAUUCAAAACUAGGCUAUCCCCAGAGCCGUGUGAUGAAGAUGAACUUUCCCGAGGAGAGUCAGACGGAGACUCAGCAUCUGAAGAAAGGGGAAACAGUGACCGUGGUGGGUGCUUCCACAGGCCGUGGUCAUUUGAUGGUCGAGCACAAAGGCCAAAGCUACCAUGUCCCAUUCCAAUACAUGGAGCUAAUAAGUUCCAAUUCGAAUGGUAAUGCCAAUGCUGGUGGAGGCGUCACCGCAACCCUGGGAGCCAUUCCAGCUGGCCAAGGAACUGGUGUAAAAAUUUAAGAAAUAUUAAAGUGCUUGAAGACUGUACAUACAUAAUUUGUUAAGAAAAAAAAUAUUUAUAAGAAUUUAAAAAAAAGUAUGAAAGGAGAAGGUGCUUUCUAUAGCCCCAGACUUACAUAGUAUUAUUAAAGUGUUUUUUUCAAUAAACGAAACCCCAUAGGUUGUAGCCGAAAAUGCA